GCAUUGUAGCUGGUGCACGAACGUCAGAAUUGUGUAGUACUGCGCAUCGCCCCCUAGGAUGUUUCACCUGUCCAUCCUAUUCCCCUGUCCUCGUCCACACCCAUGACUCUGGAUGAUCAUGAUUCAGAGAAUCGGUAAAAGACGGAAACGGGGAAAUCUUCUUGAUGAACAUCGAGACGUAGCUCUGUCCUGGAACAGUGUGCGAAUGGGCCAAGAGCAGGUAAUAUUGCUGAGGAGUCAGGCCGUGACAGCGGAAAGAGUUGGUGGCGGUCGAUCGCACGCGAUGGCGGAAAUGACAAACGGUUUGCUGAUUUUUCGCGCAAUUCUGGUGACGUUUUUCCAACGUAUAGGCCUUCGGUGGAGAAGGAUAGGGAUAACACCCCUAAGUCUAAUACCAUUCUUUGCUCCCGUCCUCGUACUCGUCGUCUUCGGACUUGCCUAUGCAAACACAAACCCACUCUUGUACAGAAAUGGUACGUUAUUUCGCCACUGGGACUGUUCGUCAUCGGUCCCCGUUUCAGAUGAGGUGCGUCGUGCUAUGUACACACGGGCCGAAGGCGUCGGUUUUAGUAGCGUAUCGACGCGCUCGUGCCUGCUGAUUUAUCAUCUGUACAGGCGGCCAGGGGUCCCGCAUAUACAAGAUCAGCCGACAUCGAGGAGAUAUGCACGGGAAGUGGGAAGAUACGCGCGAAGGUCGGCUUUCUUCCUGCCCCGCCAACGUAUCUCGGGAUUGACUCGUCCCGCUUACUCCACUACCAGACCCUCACUGUUGUGAAUCAGUGAAUGCCGGCUCGAACUGAUACCUUACCGACAGGCUGCCCCGAUAGCCUGUUUACUCGAUGGAAACCCAGUAUUCUCACCUUUGUAUUCAUGUGUUGCAAGGGGCAUGUGGCAUAACAGUUAACCCCAGCGUCGAAUAUCAUUCUGGCAAUACCAAAGUUACAUCUUUGAAUAACCUUUUUCUGUAAAAACUCGAGGUCGAAGUACAGUGAGUCUCGAGUAACUUCAUGCAUGAAAAUCUUCC